AGCUUAUUCCAGCUUCAAGCCGCCACCCUCAGCUUCACCAGACGGAGUGUUUCUUCACGGCCGCUUCGGCCGAAGCGAACCGGGGGUUGAACUGGGGCUGGGUUCAGGGGCCACGGCGGGAUGGUGAAAACGAAGUUCCAACGUCAAGGGACCUAUGCGCCGCAAGAGUUGGAGAUCCUUCAUGCCAUCGAUGAGCGCUUUGAAGAGUUGGAAGAGACCAUCAUCUUGGCCUCCUUGGUACCCCAGCUUCAUGAGCGACUCUUUGCAGUUGAGCAGCUGCUGAAUUUGAAGAAGGACCAGAUCUCUUCUUCAUCCUCUUCCGGCUCCAAACUGGACACCUCGAGUAAGCUCGCGGACAAGCUGCAGAAAGUGCCCAGUGCAAGCCCCUUGAAUGCCCCCCGCUUGGGCGCGCAGGCGCCCAGUCCGGCGCGGAAAGCAGCACCAGACGAGGAGGAAACUGUGGAUGAUGAGGGGAACAUAAUUAUGGUGGAGUUGGAGCCACCUCCGCUGCCCGUCUCAGUCUCUUCUCGCGUCAGCGUCGAGGACUUGGCCGCCCUGUCGCCCCUGCAGCGCCGCGAAGUGAAGAAGAUGACCGAGAUCUCCCGGGACAAGGUCUCCGUGAUCGAUGAGAAGACCUUAGAUACCCAGACCAAUGAAUACUACACCUUUGGGGAGUCCACUUGGGAUCUGGUGAUCUUCAUCGGUACCGGAGCGCUGGGACCCCUGGGUUCUUUUCAGACCUUCUUAUUGGCGGUGGUGAAUGUCCUCAUGCAAGUCGUCUUUGUGGCCAUCGCGGCGUACAAUUUCACCUCUCCGGAUGUCGAUGAAGAGGCCAUCCUUGCCUCCCUGAGGUGGCGAAGGUCCUCGGGCCAUUCCUUCGCAGAUUAUAGCGCUGUGGCAAAGGAAUCCUUGGUGCACCGAGUGUGCAAGAUCGAUAAAUCCUUAGAGUCCUCUGGAAUCCAAGUGGCUCUCAUGGAGGAUAUCAACAAGUACCUGAAGUCCGACGCAGCGGGCAUGGAAGGCUUCUUCACAGGCCAAAUCCUCUGCAUUGUGGCGCUGGUUUGUUGGUAUUUGAUGGUGGCAAAGGAGGUGAGUCAUGCUUUGGCCUUGCACCGCGGCGUUAUGGCCAUGCCUCGGGGGCUUACGAAGCUGGACCAGCGGGAGAACCCCUUCACGCAGGUGGUGCAUUACCGGCUUCGUGCGGUGACCUUCAGCCGCAAGCUUGCCAGUGGACUGCUCUUGCUAUACCGCCUGGUGGCCGCCGGGCUGCUGGUCAUGGUGGGGACCUACUUUCUGGUCUACACAGUGAGCGUCACAGAGCUCAUUUUAAACGCCGUGGCCUUGGGGAUUAUCUUGGACAUCGAUGAUCUCUUGUUCGACGCCUUAGCCACGACUCCAGGGAGGCAUUUGGUUCAUCAACUGGAUCCACUGCCCAUGCCGUCCUUGCCCAGGAUUCGAGGGGCAGAUGCCAAAUCCGUCUUUAUGAGCCUGGCCAUUCCUGGGCUCACGCUCUUUGUUUACUUCACCAUGCUGGGACCUAUGGUGCAAACGCUUGAAGAGGUGAAGUCGGCCAUGUGUGGUGGAAACGUCGACUUUGUAUGGACCUUGGACAAGAAUCGGAUCACCCGCUUAUCACCCACCGUUGGUGGUGGUUGGGACGAAGAAGAAGACAGCAUCAAGACCAGGGCCAUUGAGGAGGCCGAGAGGAUUGGUUACGGCUCUUCCAUCAAUCAAACUCGCUUCGGCCUCUGGGAGUCCGAGGUGAGCGUUCUCAGCGAUAUUGCUGCCAUGAGCCAUCCAGAAUUGGUCCAAGCGAGCAACCCUUCUUGUGGAGAUUUGGCCAACCAAGAGCCUCUCUUGAACUACCUUCGAUAUUUUCUGCAAAAUGAUAGUAUUCAAAGCUGCGCAGAUGCCUUGCCCUAUUGCAAUUCUGUGACGAAGAUGCCUGAGUAUGGCGGAGAUGAGGGACGUGGCUGGGCGACGCGCUACUUAUGCGCCGAGAGUUGCGGAUGUCGAAACCCGGGCGGUGAAGGCAUUUCUUUGCAAGGAUGCCCAGCAGAUGACUGUCGAGCUACCCCGGACUUCACCAGCUUCAGAGAAAGCAGCGUUUGCAUCGAGAAGAACGCCUCGCGUUUGCGACGUUUCGCACCGUGGGUUGCCUGGGUGGAGACAAUCCGAGCCUAUGGUCUCUCACCAGCCCAGUUGGAUCGCCAAGCCGAUGCACUCUUGAUCGCCAAUGCCAUGUGGGAGAAUGGCUGUGGAUUUAUGCAAAACUUGACAGAUCAAAACAUCUCAUGGGGAAGCUGCUUUGCAUGGAGUAGUACGUUCAACUGGGAGUUCAAGACGGUGGAAGCCUUUUGCCCGAUCACCUGUGGCUGUUCCGAGACCCACAGAGCGUAUACGGGCUGCCCGUUGCCAUAUGGCUUCAGCUGUGAUGGCUUAUGGCAUUGCCUCACUUGGAAUGAGCAACAUUACUGCCCACCCUAUGUGGAGGUCAUCUACGGAGAAUUCACCAUGUCCUACAACUAUUCACAUGUCGGGGUCUUGUCCGAGUACUACUGGUCUUUGGUGAAUGCCAUGAAAGUGGCGAUCGCCGAACAUGCGGGUCAUUCUCAAGCGCUUCAUCCGGAUACCAUUGUGCCUGAAUGGCUCUUCGACAUUGGCAUCGUGUAUGGAGCUUUUCAGAUUUUCUUGGUGGAUCCUGCCAUGAAUGCCACACAGAUGCAGCUCACCAUGUUCUCAACACCAGCGAGUCACUUCCAGGCGACGCUGCAGAGUACAUUGGACUCCUGGAGCGUGCCCUGGAUGGGUCUGCAACUGGAAUCGAUCAGUCCCCCCGUGGUGGAUGAGACACGUGACCGAGAGAAGCGCCGGCUGAAGCGCAGCGUUGCGCUGCCCUGAUCGGCCGGCGAUGGCCGGGAACCCUUGGACGAAGAUGACGAAGCGCCGGAGAAGGGCUUGGGCUUCUUCAGGUCGGUGUGGAUUGAGGUGGCUUCGGGC